AGUAAAACUGUAUGACUCGAGUUCCUCUUGAGGGCGCGCUUCGCCGGUAGAUUUCGGUAGUUUCUCGAAAAUUCAGCGGAAGAGGGGAGAAGAUCCCGCAGACGUUCCAAAAAAAGACGCUUUCAAAAACUUGAUUAUUUAUUUCUUGUGAGACUGUCAGGACAAUGGAAGAAAUAGAAACUCACUGCUACAACAAGGGGUGCGGGAAAAAGUUUGUUCCAUCGGAAAAUGGGCCAGAUGCUUGUGAACAUCAUCCAGGAGAACCAGUAUUCCAUGAUGCGUACAAAGGCUGGUCCUGCUGCAAUAAACGAACCACAGACUUCACAGAAUUCUUAAAUAUAAAGGGUUGUGCCAAGGGGCUUCACAGUAACCAGAAACCUCCAGAAAAACCCAAACCUGCGCCGUUGUCAAAAGAAGAAAAAGAGGCAGUUGUCGUCGUAGAAGCACCGAAACCUAACCAGCCAAUUGAACCAACAGAAAGACCAAGUGAAACUGAUCCACUUGUGCGGUUACCAGUGACGGUCGGUGCUUCGUUGAAAACCGCCCUUGAACAGCUCACAGUCAGUGACCCCGGUGUAAAAACAGCCGAGGGCGCUACCUCCAAUGAUGUUAAAGAAGGAACUGUUUGUAAAAACCUAAGCUGCCAAAAGUCAUAUGUCAAUGAGCAGUCCAACUUCGAAAAGUGCAUUUACCAUCAUGGAAAAGCAAUAUUCCACGAAGGAAUGAAAUACUGGUCGUGCUGUCGGAGAAAAACGACAGAUUUCAACAAUUUCCUGGAGCAAGAAGGCUGCACGGAAGGCAGCCAUGUUUGGAUCGUCAAGGAGGAUGAUACAAAGAAACUAGUAGACUGCAGGUAUGACUGGCACCAGACUUCAUCCCAAGUCGUCCUCUCCGUGUAUUGUAAGAAUUCCCAGCCUGACUUGUCGUUUGUGGAAGCCAAUCAGGUCCUUCUGAAUGUCAGCAUCUCCUUCAAUCAGGGGAAGAACCAGUUCACCAAGACUAUCCGUCUAUAUGGGGUGAUUGAUCCGACCAGAAGCUCCAUGACGAUGCUGGGCAGCAAGUGCGAGAUCAAACUCAAGAAAGGCGAGGCCGGCUCCUGGAAGAAAUACGAGUUGCCCCCGGCAACCAAGACCACUGCCAAAGAAGACGGAGCCAAUUGACGACGGCCUUCUCCAAAAUUAACAUAUUGAAUUCUUCUAAAGGCGAUUUUCGGAAAAAGCAGAGUUCAGAACAUAUCUCUCUACCUUGACUAAUCUUUUGCAAUGAUGGUGUAAAGAGUGUUGUCUUCACUUGAGAGUUAUUUUUGUGGAAAACUUAUUUGUAAAGACCAUUUAUUACUGGAAAGGAGAUCUACUGAAAUUGAUCAAAGCAAUUUAGGAGUGAAGUUAAAUAAGGAAAAAGGAAUUACAAAUAGUCCUUUUGAUGUAUCAUGUAAACAUGGUAAACUAAGUUGUCAUGAAUUUUAAUUCUACAAUCCCGUGGAAUAAUUAUUCUAAAUUUAGAUGGAAAUGGAAAUUAAUUUGGAGGAUGAAGUCACUUCCAGAAGUUUGUAUUCAAGAAAUAUUGCAUACUUUAUUUUAAAUACAAACGGUAACAAUUUUCACAUUGAAAGCAAACUUUUUUGGGUUGGAAAAGCCACUAGUCAAUAUUUUUAGAAUGUAAAAAGAUCCAACAUUACUUCCAGUGAUAAAAAAAAGAUGUGUUCUUUUGUGGGAUGUUUGUCACCAAUGCACUUGUGAGAUAUGCAAUUGUAAAGUCGAUAUGUUGGUAAAUUUAUUCGUAAUUGUGAUUAUUCCCUUUUAAGGAUUUUAAAAUAUAUUUCUAAAUCAAGAGCAUCACAGGCAGACAGAAAAGUUCCGAUGUGGAAUACCAUCUUCACUUUGCAUGUACAUUUGAUCUUUUCCAUAUCAUUAACAUUAUAUCAACAGUCUACCUUUUGAGAAAAGUGAAACUGGUUUCAGCAUUGCCACAUUUUAUGUUAAAAUAAAUUGACAAGAUAUUUCUUCUAAGAAAUCCUU